GGGCCCCCCCGCUCCGCCGACGCCAUGAGCUCGGGCACGCCGUAUAUCGGGAGCAAGAUAAGCCUCAUCUCCAAAGCGCAGAUCCGCUACGAGGGCAUCCUCUACACCAUCGACACAGACAACUCCACCGUCGCCCUCGCCAAGGUGCGCUCAUUUGGAACAGAAGAUCGUCCCACAGACCGCCCUGCUCCUCCGAGGGAAGAAGUUUAUGAAUAUAUCAUCUUCCGAGGGAGUGACAUUAAAGAUAUCACUGUAUGUGAGCCUCCGAAAGCACAGCAUAAUCUGCCUCAAGAUCCUGCUAUUGUCCAGUCAUCUCUGAGCUCUGCGUCUGCAUCUUCUUUUCAACCUCAUGUGCCUUAUAGUCCUUUCAGAGGGAUGUCGUCCUACAGUCAGCUUGCUGCCAAUUCUUUAAUUGGCCAACAAUAUGCAGCAUCUCUUGGGUUAGAGAAGCUGGUAAGCCCUCCAGCAUCAGCAGCUGCUUCCAGUCCUAGCACUUCUUCAUCUCCUCAGCCAGUUUCAGAGCCUGACUUGUCAUCAGAGCCACAUCUGCUGUCUUCUAAGGGUGCUGCUUUUCCAUCUGUUCAUUCAGUGCGCAAAAGUCCAAUGGUGGAGCAGGCUGUUCAGACUGGCCCGCUGGAUAACAGCUUGAAUCCCAAAAAGGCAGUCAAAGCUCCUCCAGCAAUUCAACGCAACACACGUCAGAUUCAGCAGAAUCACAAGACAAAUGAUAUAGUUGACCCACCACCUGUGCAAACGCAAGGGCAGGUGAAUGAUGAGAAUAGAAGGCCCCAGAGGAGGAGAUCAGGAAAUAGAAGAACUAGGAAUCGUUCCAGGGGACAGAAUCGACCAGCUGCCGUGAAAGAGAAUACAAUCAAGUUUGAAGGUGACUUUGACUUUGAAAGCGCCAAUGCACAGUUCAACCGAGAAGAAUUGGAUAAAGAAUUCAGGAAGAAACUUAAUUUCAAGGAUGAUAAAGUUGACACCGGAGAAGACAAGGGAGAACCUACUGUGGCUGCUGAAAACUGUGAUGGCAACCCAGAUGAAGAUCUACUGGGACCCAACUGCUAUUACGACAAAACAAAAUCCUUCUUUGAUAACAUCUCAUCAGAACUGAAGUCUAGUUCACGGCGUACAACGUGGGCUGAAGAACGGAAGCUGAACACAGAGACCUUUGGUGUUUCUGGGCGAUUUCUCCGUGGCCGCAGUUUUCGUGGGGGAUUUCGUGGUGGAAGGGGGUCUGGAGCUGUGCGGCGAAGUCAGGCUACUCCCAGAGUUGGCACUGGAAGAGUUUGAAUUCUGCAGAGCUUUCAGCCACAUCGCUAUGAAGUCAUGUACAUAGGAAGGAGGGAACAAUACAAACUUGCUGCACUUAAAAAAGGAUGGGUGAAUGAAACUUUUAUCUUCACAAGCCUGAAUUCCGAUGGGAUUAUUGCUAGUCUGUCACAGCAGAUGGGAGCACUGGGAUUACUUCAAUAGGAGCGCACUCGGGAACCACCGGUUCAAGUUUUGUUUUUUCUCUCUCAAUUUUUCUUUUUGCAGGGGAGGGUCUUUUGCAAGUAGUGCAAGCAACCUGUGCUGCUGCUUAAAUUCUAGCCGCUGUUGUAGUUGAGCACGGGGAGGAGUACUUGUUCUAUUCCCAAAGAAAGCGAUGCAAUUCUGAACUCUUCCAAACAAAAAAAAAAAAAAAAAAACCACCCCAAAACCAGCAACUUAAAUUUGGAGAACGGACAAGUCUGCUGGUCUCCUUUUUCUUCUGACUUCUAUGCUUUUCUCUUCACCUUCCUUCCCCACCCCCUUUGGAGCAAUUGUUUUGAUGUCUAGAAACCAAUUCUAGUGCAAACAUGUUGUGUGUGUGAUGUAGUGAUGGGAUUUGUCGCCCACCAUGUUAUCUGUAAUUCUGACUUGCCGCUUGAGAAAUCUUUUCUCUGGAGUUUUACACACUGCAGAGUUGCUUGGAGUGCUGGUCACCCCUCUCAGAAGAAUUAGUAUCUCAAAACUGAUCCGGGAUGAAUGCCGUUGUCGAUUUUCUAAUGAUGAGCCGUUCUACACCACUGCGGAUUUUCUGUAGGUGGAGGCGGCUUAAAACGUACACAUCAUGCCCUUUCAGCAAAUCUUGAGGGAUCUUUUUUUAUCUCUCUGAUUUAAAGGGGGAAAAAGUUCCAAGCUUCACGUUCUCUCAAAAUGCGAGAUGCAACUUCUAAAUGAAGCUUGGGUGGAUUCAGUAAACUCAGUUGCUCUUCAUAAUGUCCCCCAACUUAUAGUUUUGUUUCGUUUUUUUUGGUGUGUUUUUAAAAUAGUUGUGGAGGAUAUGAGCACACAGGGAUUAUACACUUGCAUGGAAAUGGGUAAAAGCCUUUAGUAAUAGGUUUGUGCCACUUUUGUUACCUUGUAGAAAUAUUCUGUUGAAAGGCUUCCAUAGUGGAGGCUGCGUCUCCUCCCCGCCACCCCCAUUUCCAUGGCUCCCCCUAGGUCUUGCAUUAAGUUGGUGUAAAGCUUUAGUUUUGUUUUUUUUUUGUAGGCCUUCAUUGCAAAGAGUGACACGUUGUGAUGAGGUCGCAUUAUGGAGUCAUGUAAAUUGUAAUUAUAAAUAAACAUGUAAAUGUUUAA